GCAUGUAACAACUCGAGACAGAACAGAAGUCAGCUUUAUCUGUUAUCCGAAAUCCAAUUCCCUCAAGUUAAGCACAUAUCCUAUCAGUGAUUAUACUAGAAAGAUUAGGUUUCUAUUUUUAUUCUCUUCUUUCUCCGGCGGUGUUGAUUGGCAAUGGUUAGGCAAAAGCUGAGGGGGUUGUGACUGAGGUAUAAAAAAAGAAUGGUAGAAUCGGCGGAAUUUGCGGCGGGGGAGGGGAAUUUUCGGGGGAGAGGAAGCGGGGGAGUGGUGGUGGGGAAGUACGAGGUGGGGAAGAUGGUGGGAUGUGGAGGGUUCGCGAAAGUGUACCACGGGAGGGAAACGGUGACGGGGCAGAGCGUAGCCAUAAAAGUGGUGAGCAAGCAGCGGCUUCAAAAGGGAGGCCUCAACGCCUCCAACGUCUCCAGGGAGAUCGCUAUCAUGCACCGCCUUCGUCACCCCUCUAUCGUGCGCCUCUCCGAGGUCCUCGCCACCAAAUCCAAGAUCUUCUUCGUCAUGGAGUUCGCCAAAGGCGGCGAGCUCUUCGCCAAGGUCUCCAAGGGCAGGUUCUCCGAGGACCUCAGCCGCCACUAUUUCCAGCAGCUCAUCUCCGCCGUUGGAUACUGCCACUCCCGCGGCGUCUUUCACCGCGAUCUCAAGCCGGAGAACCUCCUCCUCGACGACAAGCUCGAUCUCAAAAUCUCCGAUUUCGGGCUCAGCGCUCUCACCGAUCAGAUCCGACCCGACGGCCUCCUUCACACCCUCUGUGGCACUCCUGCCUACGUGGCGCCGGAGGUCCUCGCCAAGAAAGGCUACGACGGUGCUAAGGUCGACGUGUGGUCAUGCGGAGUCAUACUGUUUGUCCUCAACGCCGGCUACCUCCCCUUCAACGACCACAACCUCAUGGUCAUGUACCGGAAGAUCUACAAGGGCGAUUUCCGAAUCCCCAAGUGGACCUCCCCUGAUCUCCGCCGACUUCUCUCUCGCCUUCUCGACACCAAUCCUCUCUCCAGGAUCACCAUCGACGAGAUCCUCCACGAUCCCUGGUUCAAACAGGGCUACCACCUCCGUAUGUCCAAAUUCCACCUCGAAGACGACUCCGACAUGAAACUCCAUGCCCUCGACUCCCCCAUGAACGCCUUCCACAUCAUCUCCGGUUCUCCCGGUUUCAAUCUCUCCGGUCUCUUCGGCGACGACGCCAGAGAGUACGACCGAGUUGACCGCUUCGUCUCCGGUUGGACCGCCGCGAGGCUGCUGGAGAAGCUGGAGGAGAUGGUUGCGGCGGCGGCGGAGAAUCUCACGGUGGCCAAGAAGGAGGCUCGUGGGAUGAAGAUUCAAGGGCAGAAAGGUAACUUCGCGAUGGUGGUGGAGAUCAACCAGUUAACCGAUCAGGUGGUGAUGAUGGAGGUGAGGCACAGACAACGAGCCGGUGCAUCUCGCCCAGAUAUUUGGUCAGAUACGGUCCGGCCUUUCCUUGUGGGGAUUGUGCACAAACCGGACGACACGCUGCUCGGUUUAGGAUCAGACCAGAACCAAGAAGAUUCUUCUUCUUUGCGUGACGUAAAUACGACGCUUUAGUUUUAGGUAGUCUGUCAAAAUUAUCCUUUAAAAAAAAUAAAGAUAAAAAAACAUCCCGGGUUUUCUGUAAUUGUAUUUUUAUCCCGGACCUCUGACAAAUUAAUUGUCGAAAUUUUAUUUAAAGUUAGCCAUCUUUAUUAUAUAUAUGGAAAUUUUUUAAGU